AAUGUUUCCUGUUUGUCUCCGAGCUGAUUUGCAUGUAGAGCAAAGAAUACUGGCUGUAAUAUGGGAUUUGAGAAACAUUGAGUAGGUUACAAACUACUAUAUAUGACUAAAGGCACCUUGGUAAAUGUAACCUGAGCUGUAUUUUUCCACUUUUCCGUGCUUGAAGUUGGGAACAUUUAGUAGAUUCACCGAAGAAUUACAAAAUCGCUGACACCUUGUAGAGCUCAAAUUUCCUUCCUGUAUUGUAACCUUUGUUUUUACAAGAAACCCAUUGCUGGUCCUGAGGGAAGAAUGGACUAUUUCAGAGAUUCUCGUCACAGAAGCAUUCCUGUGGAGACAGAUGAAUCGAUGACAUCCUCAACACUGGAUCUAGUGUGGCCCUCAGGCAGUGGAGUGAAGAACGACAGCUGGUUCGCCCCUGGGGUCUGGAGUGGCACAGACCAGGCGGACUACCCCAAAAACCCCUGGAGAAACCCCACAGAAGACCCAGUGGGUCAACGUCCGCCCCAACCCAGAUCCCCCCCUCUACUCGGGCCACCUCAGGAAGACUUAUAUCUUCAGACCGCUGGUCACCCAGCGAAACACCCCCACCUUGCAGACCUCGGGUUAGAUCCUCAGGAUGUCUCUUGCUCUGGGCUUGUCCCGCGGGGUGCGGACGGCUACCAUUGUCCACCCAGCUGGCCACAGCCCUUGGAAUGCUCCCUUGAAGGAGCAGAGCACUUGGAGGCCCCUCUUCCUCUCAGGUCUGACCUGAUCAAAUUCCACCAUGCCCCCCCAAGUCAACCAGCACACAUGCCUCCACAGUGUCCAGAUCCAGAGCGCUGCAGGGGUCAUAGACCACACACAUGUCAGCAGCAUGUAAAUGAAACUUGUCCCUUCAACCGCAAUCAUCAUCAUCACAACCAUCUUCACCAUGUGGAAGCUCAGCAGGAUUCUCCAAAAUACCCAGCACCCUGGGCCCCCACAGCUCAGAAUAGACUGUAUGGACAAGAAGCUCCUAAAGCCCCCUGUUUAAAUCUACCGCAACGCGCCGCUCCUCCCAGAGAGGUCAUGAACGAGGUCAGCGUUGUCCCCUCAUACACAGCCACCCCCAAUCAGCCCGUUGGGGCAGGAACGGCUACGCAGGAGAUCAGGAGGACCGUCAGUCUACCUGAGGAGUGCAGGACUGUUUUCAUUACAUAUUCCGUGGACAUAGCCAGUGAGAUGUUCACCUUUGUCAAGUUCCUGACAGAUCAGGGUUUUAAACCAGCUAUUGACAUCUUUAACAGUGCAGUGCUUAGUCUGGACAUGAACAAGUGGAUGGACACCUAUUUAAAUGACAAGUCUGUGCUGAUCAUUGUGGUCAUCAGUCCCAAGUACAAGGCAGACGUGGAGGGGAAUGGGGAAGACGAGCAUGGUCUUCACACAAAGUACAUCCACACACAGAUCCAGAACGAGUUUAUCCAACAGCGAUGCCUUAAUUUUAGACUGGUACCAGUACUGUUUCCCACUGCAACCAAGAGACAUGUCCCUGCUUGGCUCCAGAGUACCAGGAUCUAUCGGUGGCCCCAGGACACCCAAGACCUGCUUCUCCGUCUGCUAAGAGAAGAACGGUACAUCGCCCCGCCUUUGGGGAAAGAGCUGACCCUCUCCAUACGACCCGUCUGACAACGAUUCAAUUGCUUUUGACCCAUUGCCUUCUGGUACUUCAGAGCGAGUUUGUAUGCUCUGUAUUCACUCACAGGUGAAUACACUGUGUAGCUACAAUAUUUAGUGGACUGGAUCCAACUCAGAAUCGAUGGGAGACAACUAGCUUUACACAAUAAACACAUUAACACGUUAAUAGGUAGCACACUUCUCAGUCACUGGGCCAGUCCUCCCUGUGCUAGUCAGGACAUCCUCUGGUGAUUCAGAGAUCGUUUGCAUGGAAAAUAAUCAUGGGCUUGGUUUGCGGGAUGAGCAGUGUAUCUUAGCACUACCCUAUAAUAGCCUCAAGGUGGCAGUAUUGACUUGUUUCUGUUUCUGGUUGUGGCAAGGUGCUGAGGUUAUGAAUGUGAUAACUGUGCUCAGACACCGAACAGUGGAUUGCGUCGAUGGAGGUUUGGCAGUGCUUUCAAUUAUCCAAACUAAGCUAUUGUCUGUCUAUAAUAAAAUCCAACUCCGAUGUAAAUACCAAUAAAGUAUUCAAAUGUGA